AUUUCCCCGGAACAUUUUGUGGAUUUUCCCAGAAAGUGCGUUUCCCCAACCAGCUCCUGCUGUGCUAUCUUCUCUCACUGGUGUUUACUGGCUGCUGAAGUUAUUCAGGCUCAUAGAGGUCGGAGAAGUUGAAGUUGUGAAAAUGUGUCGGUUUGUGGUCUGGGUUUUCCUGUGUUUCGCGGCCACUGCGCUGUUUCUGACCCGAUUGGUGCUGGCCGGAGAUGUGACAUGCUCCGGGAUAGUGCCGAUGCGGCACCGGAACGAUGUGAUCUCGAUAAAAGAUUUCGGAGGUGUCGGUGACGGGAAGACGCUGAACACGAAGGCGUUUCGGGCGGCGAUAUAUCGGAUUGAGCAUCUGAGGAGGAGAGGGGGCACGCUGCUUUAUAUACCUCCUGGGGUCUACUUAACGGAGAGCUUUAAUCUUACCAGUCAUAUGACUCUCUACUUGUCUAAAGAUGCUGUUAUCAGAGCCACCCAGGAUACUGGUAGUUGGCCUUUAAUUGCUCCCUUGCCAUCUUAUGGAAGAGGGAGGGAGCUGCCUGGAGGGAGGUAUAUGAGCUUUAUCCAUGCAGAUGGUGUUCAUGAUGUGAUAAUCACUGGUGAGAAUGGGACAAUUGAUGGCCAAGGUGAAGUCUGGUGGAACAUGUGGAGGCAGAGAACCCUUCAAUUCACUAGGCCGAAUCUCAUUGAAUUAAUAAAUUCCAGAAACAUUAUUAUUUCCAAUGUGAUUUUUAAGGACUCUCCCUUCUGGAACAUUCAUCCUGUUUAUUGCAGAAAUGUUGUUGUUCAAUUUGUCACCAUAUUGGCUCCACAUGACUCUCCCAACACGGAUGGCAUUGAUCCAGAUUCAAGCUCCAAUGUCUGCAUAGAGGACUCCUACAUUUCGACUGGGGAUGACCUUGUAGCUGUGAAAAGUGGGUGGGAUGAGUAUGGAAUUGCUUAUGGACGCCCUAGCUCCGGCAUCACCAUCCGGAGGAUAACAGGAUCAUCCCCAUUUGCUGGAAUAGCAAUUGGGAGUGAAACCUCCGGCGGCGUGCAGAAUGUCUUUGCUGAGCACAUAAACCUUUACAACAUGGGGGUCGGCAUUCAUCUGAAGACCAACAUUGGCAGGGGAGGGGUCAUAAGAAAUAUCACAGUGUCCAAUGUAUACAUGGAAAAGGCUCGAACGGGGAUAAAAAUCGCAGGAGACGUUGGCGACCACCCUGAUGACAACUUCAACCCAAAUGCCCUCCCAGUUGUCAAGGGCGUGGUGAUAAGGGAUGUUUGGGGCCUCGACGUUCUGCAGCCGGGUUCAAUAAUAGGCCUGAAGAACUCCCCUUUCACCGGAAUCUGCCUUUCUAAAAUCAACCUUCAUGGUAAAAUCAAACCAGGAACUGCUCCUUGGAAGUGCUCUGAUGUAAGUGGAGCUGCCGUUGGCGUAAGCCCCUGGCCAUGCUCUGAACUCACCAGUCCCGGCCAAACUGGUUCAUGUUCCAGUUUCAUAUGAUUCUUCUACUCUGUUCCGUAUCUAAUAAAAGGUUUGUCAGUUCUUCAAGUAUAGGUGAAAAGCAUGGAAUGGUCUCUCAAUCAAAUUCUAUCAUAGUUUUCGAAUCUGUUUGUUUGUUUGUUUGUAACCAUCAAGAGAUGUAUGAAAAAGAGACUCUUUAAGCCUGUAAAAGGUUUCUAUUUAUUGUAUAAGAAAAAAUGAUUUACAA